AAAAAUAAAAUUAAAUAAAGCCUUUUUUCGAGGUCCCUUUUCUCUGUACAUGCACACACGCACACGCAUACGUGUGUGUUGUGUGUGUGUUGUACACGUUGUUUCUCGAGGGGGAAGUGAAGUGUGCAAUUGAAUAAACGUUGGUGCCGAAAGUUCGAUAACCGAAUUCUUGAUUUUUUUUUCAAUAACUAUUUUUAUAGUUGCAAUUUUCACGCUAAGAAAGCUUUAACUUAGAGACUGAGUUGCUAUUACAAUGGGUGCUUGUGUAUCUUCACCGUCGAUAGCAACACCGUCGAAGACCAUUAAAAUAAGAAGAAAAUACCGCGGACGCUCCAAAAAACGGGUCAUCAAUACAAUUACCGACGGAAAUAGGAAGCGGAAUAGCGACGCCGGCGCCCGAGUGACGGAUUUUGCCGUCAGCGAAUUCGUCCACACGACCACCACUUGCAGAAGAUCGUCGGUUUCGAAUUCCACUUUCCAUCUCACGCAGAUGCAAUGGCACCAUAGCCAGAUUGAUGCUAAUGGAGUUUACCAAGAAGAUUCGUGGUUCGACACAAUCAGCAUUCUUGAUUCCGAUUCCGAUGAUGACUUUAGUAGUGUACAUGGAGAUUUUUUCCCGAGCAUUGCAAACGGAGGACAAGUACUUCAAUACGAAGCUUCGUCGUGCUUCACCGAUAGCAAGUGUAACAUCAAAGAAUUCCACGAGAAGUACGUGAAAAUAGACAAUGGUGGUACUAAAACGGAGUUGAACACGAAAGAGCGCAACGGGUUUAUGUUGAUCGAUACCCAACGAAAAGAGCUCCCGUGUUUACCGAUGAUCGAAGAAUCCAACACCAUCACAAAAACAAAAUUAGACCGUGCCUACAUGAGUUUCAGCGGCCUGAAAAUCGAAAGAAACAACGACAACGAGGAAAAAAAUUCGGGAAAUUUAUUAAAAUCCGUCUUACCUCAAUUGGUUCCUUCGAUAAGUUUCAACGACAAAAUCUACUCCGCAACAACGGUGGGCCCACACCCACAAUCUAAUCGAAAGUCAUCAACGGUCAUUAGGCUCUCAAUUACGAGGAAAUCCAUCGACGGAGUUGAAAUAGACGACUCUCGUGCAUCGGCGAAGUAUCUUUAUCGUCCAAGAGCGGGAUUACUAAUCCCGUGUUCUUCUUCGGAAGGGAAGCCGAUUUCCGGAACUUGGUCUUUGGUUAAUCCCUCGAAUUUUAAGCUAAGAGGAGAUACCUACUUCAAAGAUAAGAAAAAAGCCCCGGCGGGGAAUCUUUCUCCGUACACUCCGAUCGGUGUCGAUUUAUUCGCGUGCCCGAGAAAGAUUAAUCACAUAGCACAACAUCUUGAGCUGCCUUCUGUAGAAGCAAGUCAUGGGGUUGUACCUCCUCUGCUAAUUGUUAAUAUUCAGCUCCCUACUUAUGCACCUCCUAUGUUUCUUGGUGAUGGCGAUGGUGACGGAUUGAGCCUCGUUCUGUACUUCAAACUUUCCGAGACUUUCGAAAAAGAUAUUUCUCCACAUUUUCAAGAAAGUCUCAAGAGAUUUAUUGAGGAUGAGAUGGAAAAUAUUAAAGGAUUCGCGAAAGAUUCGGUUGUUCCGUUUAGAGAAAGGUUGAAGUUUAUGGUUGGAGUGGUGAAUCCGGAAGAUCUCGUCUCAACUUCCACCGAGAGAAAAUUACUUUCGGCCUAUAACGAAAAACCGGUUCUUUCUCGACCGCAACAUAGCUUCUAUCAGGGUUCGAAUUACUUCGAGAUCGACCUCGACAUUCAUCACUUUAGCUACAUUGCAAGAAAGGGACUCGAAGCGUUCCGAGAGCGCUUAGGGAACGGAAUAUUGGAUCUUGGAUUGACAAUUCAGGCGCAGAAGCCAGAAGAACUACCGGAAGAAGUACUCGGGUGCGUGAGAUUGAAUAAGCUUGAUUUUGUUAACAAUGGACAAAUACCUAGGAUUGUGAGGCUCGACGACGAUUGAUAUUUCGUACGAGGUUGAUUUCGAGGUCGGAAAAAACGGAAAGUACGUACGUGUUAACGCAUUGCUAAGAAAGAUUCAUGGGACAAAAUCAAAAUGCUUGGAAUUUAUUUAUUUUUGAAAUUGUAACAUGUUGUUGUAUUAAAAUCAUGGCCUCCUAUGAUUUUUUUGGGAUGUAAAUAAUUCCUAUCAGUUACUAAUGUCUGCGUAUUAUUAUGUUAGAAUAAUUUGGGUUAUGUAAUGUACAAGUUGGCGUUUGUAAUUGUUAUAGGAGGAGGACUCGUUCAUUAUUAUUGUUUUUCUAUUUAUUUCAAUUUAA